UGGCCUAAUAUUUGGAUUUAUAUUGAGGUCCAUAUUCACAAUAAAUCCAUUGGCUUUAACAUACCUUGCAUUACCCGGGACAUUAAUUAUCAGGGCCUUUAUGAUGAUUAUCGUACCGCUCAUUAUAGCAUCCCUGUCCACAAGUAUCGCUGGCACUAAGGAGGGCGAAAAUAAACGGCUAAUUAUAUACACAUUUCUAUUGAUCAUAUUGUUUGCGUCAUUUUGUUCAUCAUUUGGCGCUAUAAUGGUGUCGGUUAUGAAACCCGGGGUCAGACCUACGGCUGAUAUUGAAAGGGAUAGGGAUGAUAGUCAGGGAUCAGUAGGUUUUGAUGUCAAACAAAUGAUCGCGAGUCAGGACGAGAGUAUUUAUGAUGUGUUUAUGAAUCUAAUACCGGAUAACAUAAUCGCCGCCACAUUUACCACGCAUUACACGGCACUGGUAGCCAUAGACAAGCAUAACCUGACGUUAGGUUAUAAGAAACAGGCGGAACGGGCGUUCAAACCUAAUUUGUUGGGUUUGUGUGUAUUCUCACUAAUACUCGGUUUUGCGGUUUUAAAUUUGGGUCCAAAGGCCGACACUAUUAAAUGCAUUUUAGUCGAGACCAAUGCCGUGGCUAUGAAAAUAUUGACGGCACUUAUCAGGAUAAUGCCGAUCGGUAUGUUUUGCUGGAUGACGGUACAGGCUAUUAAAAUGAAGGCACCGGGCAAAAUGUUAGGACAAUUAGCCUGGUUUUAUGGCACUGUAUUCCUAACGUACGGCUGUAUCUGGUUCAUAUUCUAUCCGACCAUUUAUUUUAUAUUAACAAGGAAGAAUUGUUUCAAAAUGUAUUUCAAUAUAAUUCCGGCUAUGAUUGUCGCGUUGGGAUCAUCAUCAAGGGAGGGCUUGAGAACGGCAACUAACAUUACUGGCGACUCUGUAAUCGCACAUAUCGUUCAAAAAUUGAUCAAGAUGGACAAUUCAGUUGAAAAGAACAGCAGUAAUAAUAGAGAAAUGGAACAAAUGAGUAUAUUUUAA